AUGAAUGUAUCAUUGACAAUGUUUACUUUUAUAUUAACAAUACUUUUUGUAUAUGGACAUAUUGAAUUGGUAACUGCAAAAGUUUGUAUGUCAAAUGAAGAAUAUGUGGCAUGUGGAAUGGCUAUUUCAUGUCAACCAACAUGUGCUAAACCUAAUGGAACUGCAUGUCCAUCAAUGGUGUGUUCUCAAGGUUGUCGUUGCAUGAAUGAUUUUGUACGAGUUUCUGAUACAAAUACGACGUGUGUUAGCGAAGAGCAAUGUAAUGUAAUUAAUACUAAAUCGUCAACAUGUGGUUCUAAUGAAGUACCAGCUGGUAGUUGUGGUUCAAUUUCAUCCUGUCAACCAUCUUGUGAAAAUCCGAAUGGUACGGUAUGUCCAGAUAUUUGUGAACCUAAUUCAUGUAACUGUAAAAAUGGUUUUGUACGAGAUAAUAGUAAUAAUUUACAAUGUAUCCCUCAAACAAAGUGCCAAAUUUAUACAAGCACAAGUACAAGUACAAUUCCAACGUCAACAUGUGGUGACAAUGAAGAAAUAAAUGGAUCAUGUGCACCAUCUCCAUCAUGUCAACCAACAUGUCAGGAAUCUAGUGGAACUGUAUGUUCACGCCUGUGUAGCAUCCAUCAAUGUGUAUGUAAAAAAGGAUUUAUCCGUGAUGCAAGUAAUAAUUACAAAUGUAUUAAAGAAUCACGAUGUCAAAAUGGUAAAUAA